AUGGUCACACAGUUAUAUUCAUAUAUACCAUCUUAUUCUUUAGAGUUAAAGUCAAUAGACAAAAUAUUGAAAACUUUGGAAGCAUCGCAGCUAAUUUUCAAUAUAUUUGUAUUGUUUCCAGCGAGUUUAUAUACUUACAGAGGUAUAUUGGUAAAGCUUCAAGAUGGAGAAGCCAGAAAAACCCGAGCCCCCCAAAGCUGUUGCCAUGGUGUAUGUGUGUGGAGCCCACUGAAAGAUUUGGUUGAUGUCCGCCUGGAGCUUUGCAGUGUCUGCAAUGGAAGACACUGUCAUGCAGAUUCGGGUGUCAUCUGCAAAGGAAGACACGGUGCUGUGGCUGACAUCCUUGUCUAUGUCGGAUAUGAGGAUGAGGAACAAGAUGGGAGCGAGUACUGUGCCUUGUGGAACAGAGCUUUUCACCGUAGCUGCCUCGGACUUUACUCUGUUGACGACUACUCUCUGUGUUCUGUUAGUGAGGAAAUUAUAGAUCCAUCGACCGACUUUUCCUGUUAUUCCUUUAGCACGCAUUUUGUGCGCUAUUACGCCAUGGUCAUACUUGUCGAAGGCUUUUGCAAAGUCUGUAUAUAUUACAUCUGGCGAGAAUAUUUUGAGGAGCUUUUAAAUAUCAAUGAAGAAAGGGAGGCGGUAAUUUCAUGCUCUGGCCAGGGAGGUAUACCAUCUUUUAGGAGUGAAGAAGAGCAGGAUGUGUGUGUGGGGGAGGUGCGUGAGGCAUUACGUAGAAUGAAAGGGUGUAAAGCAGCUGGAACUGAUGGGAUCAUGACAGAAAUGUUAAAAGCAGGGUGACACACAGUGUUGGAGUGGUUGGUAUUUUUGUUUAAUAAAUGUAUGAAAGAGGGGAAGGUACCUAGGGAUUGGCAGAGAGCGUGUAUAGUCCCUUUAUAUAAUGGGAAGGGGGAUAAAAGAGAUUGUAAAAAUUAUCGAGGAAUAAGUUUACUGAGUAUACCAGGAAAAGUGUACAGUAGGGUUAUUAUUGAAAGAAUCAGAGGUAAGACAGAAUGUAGAAUUGCGGAUGAGCAAGGUUUUAUUGCAUUUAUGGAUUUAAAAAAGGCAUAUGAUAGAGUGGAUAGGGAAGCAAUGUGGCAGAUGUUGCACUCUAUAGUUAUUUACAUAAUUAGCUCAUAAUUAGUAUGUUUACUUCUGGCAGUCAGUCAUAUUUAUGGAAAAUAAUUGAUAUGGGUGAAAAAAAUUGUAGUGUGUUCUAAUUAAAAUUAUUCCUUUAGUUGAUUAUAUACAUAUAACACCUCAGUGAAAAAGUUAUUCAGUUGCCCCUACAAAUUUGUGUUUCCUUAUUCCCGUUAUUCAUUAUCCAGCAUUUUUCAUGAAGGGCAACCAACAAAUAGAUUCAGUUGUCUUAAUAUUUUUCUGGCUUAUUGGCUUUUCCCUGCACGAAUUUCUUUUCAUUCUGAUCAUUAUUUCUUAUGAAAGUAUUAAACAGAUCUGAGUACAGCCUCUCCUCACUUAGUGAUGUACUCAUUUACCAAUGACUUAGACUUACGACGGGCUUUCUGACCAUUAUGCAUACCUAAAUAAUAUAUAUUAGAGUUGAUAUCCUCUGUUCUGUUUAUUACAAUAUACAGUACACUACUGUAUAAAUAUUUAAAAAUAUACUAAAAAUGUUAUAAAUGGUGCAAAGGUUACAUUAAAACAAUAUCAGAGAUGGUUGACACAAACCCACUACCAUUAUAGUAUGCGCCUUGCUUUGCAACGAAUUUGUUUACUAACAUGGUCUGAGGAAUGUUACUCCGUCGUUAAGUGAGGCGAGGCUGUAUUAUAUAUCGAAGAGAUUUGGUCUUCAAAAACAAAAUGAACCAAAAUCUAAAGAUUUUUUCUUUGCAGGCUCAGUUUUGUAUAACUGUGCUUAUUACACAAGAUCUCUA